AUGCGGGCCCAGGUUCUUGUUCUUGUGGUGGCGGCGUGGGUGUACGCGUGCCACGCUCAAAGCAACAACAGCGUCAACGACGCCAACAAGCAGCAGCAGCGUAGCAUCUGGGACGAGCCCAUCCGCUUCAGCACCAAGAGCAAGGACGCGUGCACCAUGGUGGUGUCGGGCGCCUCCGACUACACCCGGCUGCGCGUCUCCUGCAAGGGGACCGCGCUGCCGGGUCGCUCGUACCACUGCGACUUCCAGGGCAAGCCCAACCUGUGCCGGGCCUACAGCCUCAACCCACGGCACUACUUCACGCAGAUCAUGUGGGAGCUGCGCAAACUGAGCCACGCCUGCCAGGGCGCCAAGCUGUACCGGCCACCCAUGUGCAAGAGGCACCCCGACGAGGUCCAGAUGAGCCUCCUGUCCGCCUGGCCCCGAGCCGCCAAGCCCGCCGCCACUCAGAAGCCGCAGAAGCCUCAAACGCCCGCCAAGCCCCAGGCGGGAAAAGCCGUCCCGGCCCCGACUAGGAAGACCGCCCCCAAGCCGGGCAAGACCACCGUGCGGCCCCCGAUGGAGCUCCCCGAGUCCAAAGCGGCCCGCAUCGCCACCGAGUACUGCUGGAAGAGCUUCCACGGCAUCUGCACGUACAUCAUCGGGUGGUUCAAGAACUGACACGGACGGGUGGGAGACACCACUGAUGGACUUGUCAGAUGACAUCAUGAUUCACAACUGAGCAUCACUGUAGUGAGCGACCACAAAAAAUGGAAGGAGAAUAAAACCCAAG